CAUUCGUGCUGAGCUGAUCUGAUCAGUUUUAAGAGUAUCUCGGCCAAAGAAAGCCAAACUCUCUCUCUCUUGCUUUUGUCUUUAGCUUUCUGCCGGAAUGGAGGGACCUUGAAAAAUUCUCUGCCUUGAAAAAUUCCUCUCUGCUUUGCGUUUCCUGCUUUACCUACAGUUUCUUCUUCCUCGCACCUCCUAAUCUUCAUUCUCUUCAAGCUGUUUCGUUUGCACUGUUCGUUUGUGAUUACUGGUCUUCAGAUUUAAACACAGACGCUGGAAUUUCAGACUUAAUGUCUCCACCGGUGCUGGGGGUCGAAGGGCAGAGUCAGUAUAACGUAGCUUUGAUGGCUUCCUCGUCGUCUUCAGUCUGUAUUUCGCAGAGUGGCUCAGGUUUGAAAGAACGUAACUACUUGGGAUUAUCUGAUUGUUCUUCACAAGACAGCUCAAAUGUGCCUGACGAAAACAAGAGCAAUCUGAAUCUCAAGGCCACUGAAUUGCGCCUCGGCCUUCCGGGAUCGCAAUCCCCCGGUCGGGACUCGGCCGACUAUUCGAGGGUAAUGCUCGGAGAGAAGCAGCUCUUUCCAUUGGCUCCCUCCAAGGAAGGAAUUUGCACUCUGACCCAGAAGACUGCUGCUUCUGGAAACAAGCGAGGAUUUUCCGACACCGUCGAUGGAUUCUUGGAAUCGAAAAGCACCAAUGUAUUUUCCGGUAAUGGAAAUCUGGCAGCAAUCAAGACGACGGAUGCUCCGGCGAAGGCGUCGCAAGAAAUUAAUAACAAAACGAAUGGAUCGAAUACUAAUAGUCCGUCUGCUGCUAAGGCCCAGGUAGUCGGUUGGCCUCCGAUUAGAUCGUACAGGAAGAACACUCUUGCCACGUCGUCGAAGAACAAUAAUGAAGUCAAUGGCAAGCUGUGUCCCGGCGUUCUUUUUGUUAAAGUUAGCAUGGAUGGAGCUCCUUACCUGAGAAAAGUGGAUCUUAGGACAUACUCGACGUACCAAGAACUGUCAUCGGCUCUUGAGAAAAUGUUCAGCUGUUUUACUAUAGGACAAUGUGGGCCCCAAGGAGGUCCGAGCCGGGAAAUGCUCAGCGAGAGUAAGUUGAGGGAUCUUCUUCAUGGAUCAGAAUAUGUCCUGACGUACGAGGAUAAGGAUGGCGAUUGGAUGCUUGUCGGAGAUGUUCCAUGGGAGAUGUUCAUUGCCUCCUGUAAAAGGCUGAAAAUUAUGAAAGGAGCUGAUGCAAUUGGAUUGGCUCCAAGAGUCGUGGAAAAAUCCAAAAAUGCGAACUAGCUUUCUGAUGGUUUAGCUGACAGGAGUGAUCGCCCCGCGGAAUGAACACAAAAGCAGAUUCAAGCGUUGUCAUUUUGUUCUUCGGUGCGCCCGCACCGGCUAAUGUCAGACUUUUUAAAUUUCUUUCAUGUUUGUUGAUCUUCAGAGUGUCUAAUGUCUGUUUUUUUUUUUUUUUUGGUUUGUUGAUGAUCUAUUUUCAGCUUGUGCUAUAGUUGUAAUACAUGUUUGUGAAGUGCAUACAUGACUUCCUCAGACCAAUCUAUUUUGUAUGAAUUAAUGAAUGUGUGUUGUCUUA